AUGGAGGGCGGCGAGGGGCAGAACGGGGAGGACACAGGGCCUGUCGUCAUGCUAGUGGACAAAAGUGCCCCAGCAGACGGGACCAUGAAGCAUCCAGAAGUUCCACAUUCCAGGAGAACCUUCAAUAAGCCGCCGGUCCGAACAUACCGCUCCCACUUGCUCCACCUUGAGGAAGACCGCUCCGGGCGCGUGUGUGGACGACGUGUCCAGAAGGGAUGCGUCCCGAAGCCCAGGUACUUUUCAGUCCUCAUUAUCUGGGAAUGCUGGGCACCUGCUGGUGAAACAGUCCAACCGGAGCUUUGGCGAGACUGUGACUUGUUCGUCGACUCGUCGACACUCCGGAAUUGA